GGCGGAAGAGUCGGCCGCAUUCGCAGCCGUUGGUGGGGCUCGUCGGACUGGAGUGUCGUCACCGGAGAGCCGCAGACUGAUGGACAAUGGCUCGCGGCGACUAUCAAGAUGAUGAUGAUGACUUCAUGGAGUUACUACAACAGAAUCACGUGACUGGUCGGAUAAAAGAUGGCGAUGAGAAGAAGAAACGUCAUCGCAAUAGGGCUUCGCAAGAACGCCUGACUAUAUUGACCGAGGGAUUUACUGAUGAGCAGAAGGGAGAUGUUGGUGAGAUGGAGAUGCAGGCUCUGAUGGAUGUUUGGUGCAAGAACCUAGUGAACCCUGUAUGCGACUGGCUCAGUGAGAUUUAUGAUCCUGCCUCUAGAGAAUUCAUGGUUCCGGGACGUGGAAGACUGCCUUUGGAUGAGGAAUCCAUGUUCUGCACUUUGGGUGUGCCCUAUGGAGAAAUCAAAGUCCCGUAUGAGGUGAAUAAUAAGACUGGGGAAGCCAUGUUCGCCCGUUUGUUUCCUGGAAUGGCAUCCAUGCCAAAUACGACUGUGUUGGCAACUUCGCUGGAGGGCAUGAAAACCCAUGGCGAGGUUUUUAAGAUGAAACUCCUCAUGUACCUGAUCUCAGCUGUCUUUGCGCCUACCACAUCUCUUCGCCCAAGGAACAAGUGCUUCCCCAUCCUGAUGAAUGCUCUCUCUAUUUCUUUUUUCCUUCAAUCUUUUGAUUUUGAUGUCAUUUGGAAGCUAGUAACUGCCAGAUUUUUGAUGUUUUCAUUUGAAUGCUGAUGAGGCAACUUUUUGUCCUGAAAUUGUGUUGUGCAGGCGAAGCUGAAAGACGUGAAGAACAUGAAUUGGUGUAAAUUCAUCGCGGACUUCUUGCAUGAUGCAUUCUCAAACAAGAAGUACCAGAAGGGCUGUCGCUUACACUUGAUGGCACUUUUUUCCUACUCUUUUGCAAAUACUCUUACCACGGUUAAAUGUUUUCCCAAAUCAACAUGGCAGCUGUUGAUAAGUGUGAACCGUACAAGAUUGUGCAUGGCAACCCUUUGUUUCAUUGUUUAUGUGAAUCUUUUA